AUGGCGUCGCCGGCAGAAAAUGGAAAUAUAUCAACGGCGCCCGAAGAAGUGAGCAAGCCGCCGGAGGGAGUGGUGUUGCCUCCGAAGGAUAUUCGAGCGAUUGUGGAAAAAACGGCUGGAUAUGUUGCUCGAAAUGGUGCUGUAUUCGAAGAUCGUGUCCGCGAGAAGGAGAGAAACAAUCCUAAAUUCUCCUUUCUGAACCCGGAUGAUGCAUAUGCUGCAUUUUAUCAAUGGCGCUUGGUAGAGAUCAAAGAAGGAAGGGGUACAGCAGUGUCUGCCGGUCGGCCGGGAGAGGCUGUAUCGGCCGAGCCUGCAAAACCACAAGGGCCAGAGGAGCCCCCCGAGUUCCAUUUUUCGGCUCGGAUGCCCAUCAUAAACGCUCAAGAUUUGGAGGUGGUCAAACUGACGGCGCUGUUUGUUGCCAAAAGGGGGAAAUCAUUCAUGACUACUUUGUCUCAGCGAGAGGCGCGAAACUACCAGUUCGACUUCUUGCGCCCCCAGCACAGUCUCUAUCAGUUCUUUACACGACUAGUGGACCAGUAUACGAUUCUACUACGCGCAGAAGGGCUUGAUGCGGCUACUUCGGAAAAGCAGAGAUUGGAGGAGUUGGAACAGAACGUGAACAACAAAUACCGCAUCCUUGACCGAGCCAAGCAACGAGCCGAGUGGGUGAAAUACCAGGAGCAGCAGAAACAAAAGAAAGAGGAGGAAGAGGAGCAGGAGCGGAUAUCGUAUGCUCAAAUUGAUUGGCACGACUUUGUUGUUGUUGAGACCGUCCUGUUCACCGAGACCGACGACCAGGCGGAACUCCCUCCCCCGACAUCAUUGACCGAUCUGCAGUCCGCCUCACUAGAACAGAAAGCGAUGAUGUCUCUCAACCCUCUUCGCAUCGAGGAGGCCAUGCCCACAGACGAAGAAACCCCGAAUUACUACAAUGCCUACCCCAUACAACCCGAAUCGGUUCCGACACCACCUCUUCCGAUCCCUUCGCCCUACCCCCCUCCACAGCAACCGGAUUUUCCCCCUCCGGCACCAGCCGCUAUGGACUACUCCAUGGCGCAUUACCCGCCACCCCAGGCAGUACCGGUAUCUGCUGCCAUGGACGAAGAGGAGCAACGGAUCCAGGAGCGUGCCAAUGCCCGGGACCAAGCUGCUGCUGCGCAGGCUGCCGCCAAAGCCGCCCCCGGCCAACAACCGAUGCGCAUCCGGUCCGACUAUGUUCCACGGGCCCAGGCCCGCCGUCUCAACAACUCAGCUGCAACCGCGCUGUGCCCCAAUUGUCACCAGCAGAUCCCUGUUGCCGAGCUCGAGCAGCAUAUGCGCAUUGAGCUGCUCGAUCCCCGCUGGAAAGAGCAGCGUGCCAAAGCCGAGUCACGGAGCGCAACCACCAAUCUCUCUACCGUGGACGUGGUCAACAACCUCAAACGCCUCGCUAGCCAACGCAGCGACGUCUUCGAUUCCACCAUCCUUCCGGGAGCCCCCGGGGGCCUCGACCCCGAGGAGGAGGCUCGCAGGAAAAGAAUGGCUACAGGUGCCCCUACUGGAUAUGAUGGAGCUGGUCCCAGCCCUGGUCCUGGCGGCGGUGCUCUCCCGGUCCCAAUGGUCGGCCCUACAGGAGUGCCUGUUGCUGGACGGCCCCAGAGCAUGAAUAUCCAAGAACAGAUCAGGCAUAUUCACGAACGGGCCAAACAAUGA